AUGGACAUCCCCGGCGAGGCCACUCCUCCCCCGGCCACCACCACCGGCACCGGCACCGGCACCACCGGCACCGCCAAGAAGCCGUUUGAGUGCGCGGUGUGCGGCAAGGCCUUCGCUCGCCUCCCGCACCUGCGCGUCCACCGGCGGACGCACACGGGGGAGCGCCCCUUCGCGUGCCCCCAGUGCCCCCGCGCCUUCGCCCAGUCGGGCCAGCUGCUCAACCACCGGCGGACGCACACGGGGGAGCGCCCCUUCGGCUGCGGCGUCUGCGGCAAGGCCUUCGCCGAGCUCGGCCACCUGCAGCGGCACGGCAAGAUCCACACGGGCGAGCGGCCCUUCGUGUGCACGGUGUGCGGCAAGGAGUUCAUCCAGUGCGGCCAGCUGAGGGCGCACGGGCGGACGCACACGGGCGAGCGGCCCUUCGGCUGCGGCGUCUGCGGCAAGGCCUUCGCGCAGUCCGGGCAGCUCCGGAUCCACGGGCGGACCCACACGGGGGAGGAGCCCUUCGCGUGCGCGCUGUGCGGCCGGACGUUCUCGCAGUCGGGGCACCUGCGGAGGCACCAGAAGACUCACGGAGGAGGAGGAGGAGGAGGCGGUGAUGGAGCUACCACACAGGGCGGUGAUGGAGCUACCACACAGGGCAGUGAUGGAGCUACCACACAGGGUGGCAAGGGAGCUACCACACAGGACAGUGAUGGAGCUACCACACAGGGUGGCGAUGGAGCUUCCACACAGGGUGGCAAGGGAGCUACCACACAGGAGGGCGAUGGAGCUGCCACACAGGGCAGUGAUGGAGCUACCACACAGGACAGUGAUGGAGCUACCAUACAGGGUGGCAAGGGAGCUACCACACAGGGUGGCAAGGGAACUACCACACAGGACAGUGAUGGAGCUACCACACAGGACAGUGAUGGAGCUACCACACAGGGUGGCAAGGGAGCUGCCACACAGGACAGUGAUGGAGCUACCACACAGGGUGGCAAGGGAGCUACCACACAGGACAGUGAUGGAGCUACCACACAGGGUGGCAAGGGAGCUACCACACAGGGUGGCAAGGGAGCUACCACACAGGGCAGUGAUGGAGCUACCACACAGGGCAGUGAUGGAGCUUCCACACAGGACAGUGAUGGAGCUACCACACAGGGUGGCAAGGGAGCUACCACACAGGGCAGUGAUGGAGCUACCACACAGGACAGUGAUGGAGCUACCACACAGGAGGGCGAGGGAGCUGCCGGACGUUCCGAUGGCCGACCGGAGAGCCGUCCGAUGGAGACCGAAGACGGAGGAGACGGCGGUGGUGGCGGUGUU